AUGGAGCCGUCUCCUCUGACGAGGCAGCUCCCGCCCGAGGUGUUCCAGCCCAAGGUUGUGCAGCUCUACGAAUCUCUGUUCAAGGACGAUGACGAUUACGAAAAGUCGGAAGGCUUCUGGCGUGAAUUCUUCCUCUUGCGACCGGACAGGCCGGCGCUCAAGCGCAUUCUCGAUGGGGUGAAGCCGGGCGACCUCCUCCAUCUGGAGGGGCAGACGCGGUCGCUCUUUUCCGAGGCCAUGGCCGCGGCGAAGACGGGCAAGAAUGAUGCGGAUAUACACUCUCUCGACACGCUCGCCCUUUUCUUCUCGUGUGUCCUCUCGAAAAAGUAUGCGCAUCCGAGCUCCGAUAUCAUCACGCUGCUCGCGGGCAUCGAUAGCGUCGAUUCCGUCCUGACCGAGUUCGUCGGGGUUUUGGAUGGCAUCAUACGCUCGAAGAAGAAGCCUUUUGAGUUGAGGCAAAAGGCCGUCGAGGUCCUGCUGGCCUUCACGGCUGGUGCGCAUCAAACCUCGCUCUUGACAUAUCUUAUCCAACGAGACCUCUUUCCCUCCAUAAUGAAGUUCGUCAGCGAUUGCGAAUCCCCUCAAUCCAUCAUCCAGCCUUUCCUCCUCCUCAGUCUCCUCUCCAACUACAACAAAUUUGAGUUUCAGAAUCCCUACCAGCUGCGCUUGAGUGACUUUGUCAACGAGGCGACAAUACAGAAGAUUAUUCAUAGCAUGGGGACGACUUGCCAAGGGCUAAGAGCCCAGUAUAUCGAGGUGCAGGACGACUUGCCCGAGGCGUGGACCCUGAGCAGCACCCUCAACAUGAUUGGGUUGGGGGCCAUCGCACCGGGGAAGAAGGUGGAAAAGAAGAAGGCAGUGUUUGAUGCCGAAACAAUGAAGAAGAUGUUCACGGAUCUGCCCGGUGCGGAGGCUGCGACUCUGCUUGCCACGUAUGACUUUACGCACGCGAACAAGCUGUUUUGCAUGAAUCUUGUAACACUCCCCGCGGAAAAGGAGAGCGAACAGCCAUUUGCCAGCUAUCUCUCCCUCACUUCGUACCUCCUCCACCAUGCCUACCUCUCAUCACGGACGACGCAUUACUCGCACCUCAACCUCAUGGUGUUCCGACUCCUGGUCGAAGACGCCGCCAUCUGCAAGCGCCUAUGCAGCGACCAGAGCAAGACGACGGUGCGACUAUGCCGCCAACGCCAACCCUACCUACCGGUGGUCAAGGGCGAACGGGCCCUCGUGGCAGCGCUCCUCGACGUGAUGAUUGACGGCAUCAACCACAACCUGCGGCGGCGUUUGGACGUGGGGCUCUACACGCUCUGCAUGGGCAUCACGCUGCGCGCGAUAUCGUACAUGUCGCGGACCAAGACGCGGCUGGACCUGCCCAACGUGGGGACGCUUCUAGACCAUGUGGUCAACGUUUUGGCGCUGGCGCUAUCGGCGGGCGAGUCGUUCCUACCAACGCCGGCGGCGUACGACGACCUGUUCUACAAGGUGGUGGAGACGGGGAGCAACUCGAUUGACACGCUCAUCAGCGUCAGCACGCACUACAAGCAGAUGCUGGCGGAAGGGGGCGGCAAGCGGAGCAAGGGCGGUCAGCUGACGAGCCUACAGGUGGCCGAGGUGAUUAAGCAAGGGUACGAGACGCUGAGCAUACAGGCGACGGAGGGCCUGGAUACGUGGGACAAGUUUAGGGAGGCGGACGAGAGGACGCUGCUCAAGAAGAUGGCGAGGGAGGCGGUGGGGGAUGUGAGGACGUAUCUUGGGGGCAUCCUCAACCAGGUCUCUUUUCAACGCCCCAACUUGAAUCUACCGCACAGCCAUGCUCGCCCGACAGACGGUUACGCGGACGGCGGUGCAGUCUACCCGGAUCCUGCUACGGCUGCCGGCGACGCAAGCGAGUCGACGAUUCCUCGUAGAGUCGAGGGCGACGACGCCCUCCCAAGCGGCAUACGACAUCCCCGCCGCCUGGUACAGCAGCGCCGCCGAGGCUACCGCCCCUCCCAAGGCACCCCUCCAAUCGUACCCCUCAGACAGCCCGCACCGCUUUCGUCGUCUGCGCAGGAACGCGAGGCUGCGGCGUCGCACAACGCCUCGGCGCCCACACCGACACCCGGCGCUGCGGCCCGCAAGGCGGCCAUGACGAUCUCGGCGGACGCGGUGCGGGAGCUCCGCCGGCUGCUGGACCUACCGGAGCCGAAGCUGAUCAAGGUGGGCGUGAAGCAAAAGGGGUGCAGCGGGCUGGCGUACGACCUCGAGUACGUGGAUAAGCCCAGCCUGCUGGACGAGGUGGUGGAGCAGGAUGGGGUCAAGCUCGUGAUUGAUAACCGGGCGCUGAUGAGCGUCAUCGGGAGCGAGAUGCAUUGGCAAGAGGACAUGCUGAGCAAGAAGUUUGUCUUUCGGAAUCCCAACAUCAAGUUGGAUCAAGAGUAUACGCCACACACAACUGCCGACUUCAAUGUUGUGAGAGUGACCGUCGAGGUCUUGAAUGGCCAGUUCGGUCCAGUGUCCGAGCGACGGCAGCGCCCGGCCCAGCGGGGCCCGGCAUUCCCUCCGUCGGGCUCUCAGCAAAAGCGGCCCGCCGCCGCCGCCGCCUUCUUCCAGACCCCGGCGGCGAAGCGCACGGCCACGUCCUCGUCCACGACGACCUCGGCCCGGGAGCCCGGCGCCGCUGGCGGGCCAGAAGCGCACAGCCGCGUGGGGAACCUGGCGCUCUCGCCGACAGCGCACCAGCACACGCCGACGGCGGCUAAGAAGAGCAAGACGCACCGGUCGGCGCCGCUGGCGGAGCGCAUGCGGCCCGACACGCUGGACGACGUGUUUGGGCAGGAUCUGCUGCCGUCCAUGAUCCUGUGGGGCGCGUCGGGGACGGGCAAGACGACGAUUGCGCGGUGCAUCGCCCGCAUGGUGGGGUCGCGCUUCGUCGAGACCAACGCCACGAGCACGGGCGUGGCCGAGGUCAAGAAGAUGUUCCAGGACGCGCAAAACGAGGCGGCGCUGACGGGCCGCAAGACCAUUAUCUUCUGCGACGAGAUCCACCGCUUCACCAAGGCCCAGCAAGACGUUUUUCUCAAGCCCGUCGAGGCCGGCACCGUCACCCUCAUCGGCGCCACCACCGAGAACCCUUCCUUUCGCGUCCAGGCCGCCCUGCUGUCCCGCUGCCGCACGUUUACCCUCGAGAAGCUGACGGUCGCCCACGUCCAUGCCAUCCUCAAGCGCGCCCUCGCCGCCGAGGCCGAGCACGACGCCCGCCCGCCCGUGUCCGCGCUGCUCGAUGACGAGAUGCUCAAUUACCUGGCGGCCUUUAGCGACGGCGACGCCCGCACCGCCCUCAACCUGCUCGAGAUGGCCCUCUCCCUGGCCCGGCAGCCCGGCGGCGGCGGCGGCGGCGGCGUCACCAAGGAGAGCAUCAAGGCCUCGCUGACCAAGACGCUCGUCUACGACCGCGCCGGCGACCAGCACUACGACACCAUCUCCGCCUUUCACAAAUCCAUCCGCGGCAACGACCCCGACGCCGCCCUCUACUACCUCGCCCGCAUGCUGCAGUCGGGCGAGGACCCUCUUCGUCGCCCGCCGCCUCGUCGUCGUCGCCUCCGAGGACGUCGGCCUCGCCGACAACGCCAUGCUCUCCCUCGCGACCGCCACCUACACCGCCACCCAGCAGAUUGGCAUGCCCGAGGCCCGUAUCCCCUCGCCCACUGCACCGUCGCCCUCUGCCUCGCGCCCAAAUCGACCCGCGCCUACCGCGGCUUCAACAACGCCCUCUCCGCCCUGCGCGAGCCCGGCGUCGCCGCCCUCCCCGUGCCCCUCCACCUGCGCAACGCCCCCACCCGCCUGAUGCAGGACCUCGGCUACGGCGGCGAGUACAAGUACCCCCAACUACAGGGACGGCAAGGUCAGCCAGCAGUACCUGCCCAACGACCUCGUCGGUAG